AUGGUCGCUCCUCCUAGUUCCUAUGGGCUACCGGCUCUGUUGUCGGCCCUGCUGUCACUUUCCACCACCGCCAUCGCGACAAUCACCUCGAAGGGUCAGACCGUGGAGCUCAAUGGAAACAACUAUUAUAUUCCUCCUACAGUAGUAGCUACCCUGAAAGCCGAUUCGCACGUGUUCAGCAAACUCAAUGGCUUGCAGCCUCUGACGGUCAUUCGGAGCGAUGCCGUGAAGCUGACAAGCUCGAUCCUUGAUUCCUUGGUAAGCAGCUACGAGUCUGCUGACGAUGUCUUCAACACUGGCUUCCUCGACAACAUCUACGUCCAGUAUAACGGUACCUCCAAGCGUCCCUCGGAGAAUGUGUCAACCCAUUCCUCGUGGGGCCCUAAAAUCUUGGGGUAUGCAUCUGCAUAUGAUACCAAGAAAUCAAAGACAUUGACCUCUUCAUCGCCCCUGCCUGCUGGUCCAUAUUUCUUGGAUCCAUCCAGUGGAGCCGUUUUUGAAGCUUAUCGGUUGUAUUCCGAUGUUAUGGGCUCUUUCACCCAGGGAUUGGUCUCUGUUGGUGAUAAUACAUAUGAUGUUUUGCCGGCAAGCUUGCAGGGCUAUGCGUCGUUGACCAUUGGUGUUCCUUCGCGGCUGUAUUAUACCAAGACAGCCGAUAAGCCUUUGGCUGGUGUUCGUCUGGGUGUUAAAGAUAUUUAUGAUAUCAAGGGCGUCAAAACCGGCUGUGGCAACCGCGCUUACUAUGAAACGUACCCAGCCGCUAACGCUACUGGCCCUGCAGUUCAAUCCCUCAUUGAUGCGGGCGCCAUCAUCGUCGGAAAGAUGAAGACCAGUCAGUUUGCCAACGGUGAGAGCGCCACUGAUGAUUGGGUCGACUACCACUCCCCCUUCAACGCCCGCGGUGACGGAUACCAAGAUCCUAGCUCAUCUUCGUCCGGUCCUGGUUCCGGUAUUGGAUCUUAUGACUGGUUGGAUUUGGCAAUUGGAAGUGAUACCGGAGGCUCAAUUCGCAACCCUUCACAGGUGAAUGGAUGCUUCGGCAACAGACCCUCGUGGAACUUGGUCUCCUUGGAUAAUGUUAUGCCCAUGUCCCCGCUUUUGGACACCGCCGGAUUCUUGACAAGAGAUGUGCAGCUGUGGCGCACUGCUGCGGAGGUGAUGUACAAGGAUGCAGGCCUGAAGUCCUACACCAAGUACCCAAAGUCUAUCAAGACGAUCCAGUUCCCAACUAAUGCAUCGACCCUAGCUGAGGGCCUUUUGAUUGAUUUCGUCGACAAGCUGUCGUCCUUCUUGGGUGGUGCGAAUGUUUCUGCAUUUGAUUACGAUGCUCUCUGGGAAUCCACUAAGCCUUCGACUGUUGCCGCCAAUGCGACCCUCGACACCAUGUUGCCUCUCACUUACCCUAUCCUCAUUUCGAAGCAGCAGUAUCCCCUCAUUGGCGCACCGCUGUAUGCAGACUACGCGGCUGCCAAUGGAGGUCGCAAGCCCUUUAUCAACCCCGUGCCUCUGUCCCGUUGGAAUUGGGGACUUGGAUACCCGGACUCGCAACUGGAGACCGAAAUUGAGCACAAGAACAUAUUCACCACCUGGUGGAACACAACUGCCCAGGUAUUCGACGAGGAGACUUGCUCAGACAGCCUGAUUCUUUACAUUGGAGCGGAAGCGACACCAACCUACCGCAAUGUUUACCGGAGCAUGCCAGGUGUCCCGGCAGGAUUCGGUACAUCUCGUAUCGCCAACUUCGCUGGUGUGCCCGAUAUGGUCGUUCCAAUCGGCCAAGCGCUGUACAACUCCACCAUUACCCUGAAGCAGGAAUAUCUGCCUGUCGCGGUGGAUUUCCUCGCACCUCACGGCUGUGAUCUGAUGGUCUUCAACCUGAUCAAUGAGUUGGUGGAAGCUGGUAUCGUGAAGCAGCCUGGCACUGGAUCCACUUUGUAUGGAGACGAGGUGACUUACUAUUGA